AUGCUACGUACGUACGUGCAUCCUGUCUCGAAAGGUGCAACCUUCCGUCAAAAAUGUCGAUUCUCUUCGAUUUUCGACGUCGUCAGACAGCGGAAGUUGGAACAGUCUAAUACAGUUGCCGCCGAUAAUCCUGCGCCUUUGCAAAAGAGCGCAGUUGUUGAUGACAAGAGUCGAACAGGUCGAGGCGAUGAAAGCAAUGCACAUCAGAUAUGGAAGCAGUUCAACGUGCUGCUGUCAAAGCCUAUAGGCUAUCGGAAUGUCUGGCAGCUGCGGUACCUGAGCGCUCGUGCAUUGGAGUUAUUAGCCAUCACAAGGGCGGAGGAAUUGUGCAAGAUCACAACGGUGCUUGCUCAUAUGAAGUAUCGGAAUGUAGUCCUGCUGCAGGGCAUCAGCGAGGCGCUUAGCUGGUACUGUAAGCUAAGAAACUGCAAGAUUUCGUAUGUAACGUCAUUUUUACGAGCAUGUGCGACGCUGAAGUUCGUGCCCAGCUACCGGCACCUCGACGUCUUCUUCGCUGAGCUUGAUAAGCCGCACCAGACCCCUUCCGUUGGCGACCACCUGAGGUUCAUGCAAUUCAUGGUGGAAAACGGCCUCCACGAUGGGGACGUUUUUAUGAAUUUCUUUGAGCGGUGCCGCGAUAAGUGCCUCAACGACAUGGGAUACAUGGAUCACAAGCAUCUGGCAUCUUUCAGCCAGACGCAGCUCAUCAUCGAUCCCACAGACAGCGAUGUGUUUAAUCGCAUUUGUCUCAACUUCGAACGCAACUGCGAGAAGGGGGAAGUGGCUCAAUUCCUGAUGCUCUCGAAUAGCAUGGGUCGGUGUCAUAUAAGCGAACUGCCUUCGCAUUAUCUGCGUGUGGUCGGACACUACCUUGAACAUCCGGAUAAAUGGUCACCAAAACUUCUAAUCACAGUGCUACACGUAUUAAAGAAAUUUUAUUACCGUGACACGGUCGCUCUCAGCCGAAUCGGGAAUAUAACUGUCAGGAAUAUCAGCCAAUUCACCAGCGAGCAGUUGUGUGCCGUACUUAACUGUUACGCAGCCAUGUCAUAUAAACAUAAGGAACUGGUGCAUGGCAUCGUGCGAUCACAAUUUGCGUACGAAGGCGAUAAACAAAAGACCCACUUUUCCACAGGGUUGCAAGACGUUAAUGCACGGUUGAAAGUAUUAGCGGGGAUCGCAAACAUGCUCGCGAAAGUUGAUUACAAACCCAUCGCAAUCAUGAAAAGCAUUACGGAGUCCACGAUUCACUGUAUGCAAAGUAUUAUUGGUGACACUGAACCGGCGACUACAGAUAAAGGUGAUGGCACUGAUGAGGUCAACUUGCUACCUAACACAAUCCCCUGGGUCAUAUAUGGCAGUCGCUCACUCCAUUCGGGGGAUGCAGCGAAGCAAAUUGGAGCCGGAUCGGCCCCCGAGGUAUUGACCGGCAGUAUGAUCGUGGACAUGCUUCCAACUACUGUUUUAAAUGCAAAAGGUACUGAAGAGGAGCACAAUAAGAAGCGCACAGCGCUGCGUAGGCUGCUGCGGCCAGAAAAUAUUGCCUACACGAGCACAGGUACGUCAAUGGCAGACCUCUCGCAGUUGAAGGUACUACCCAUGUCUGUGGAUGUUGUUCGUCAGCAAAGUCUAAAGGAGUGUAUGGAUGAAUUCCUCAAUUUGCACUUCGACGGCAGACACCCAGCCUCAAGAAGGUUGAAUAUGCGCAAGCUGAUGCAACUGCAGUCAGAGCAAUUGAAGCUGAGGAAGUCUUUCAAGAGCAGCAACGUGUUGCAUACAGUGCGUUUAGAAAAGAAGCGCGCAGCGAAAAUUAGUGUAUCCAUCAGAAAGCUGAAAAGAAAGAUGAGAUACGCAGGCUCUCGCCACGUGCAGAUGACUCAGUAUUUUAUAAACGAAUGCAGGGUGCUCAAACGCUGCUUUUUGCGGCCGUACACGGCACCUAUCAGAACCGAAGCGUCACGUUCGCACGUUGCAAUUAGUAGUGGAUCGUCUAGCACCCUACCAAUGGCAAGUGAUGAUCCCAGGGCGCAACAAAUUGCCGAUGCAUGGAAAAGGUUUAAUCGGUGGUCUGUUUCGCGCCCUUCAAUUGCUCAGCAGUACAAUGAAGAUUUCGGGAACGUGCAAAUCAGUAACGGCCAUUUGAACUGCCGAAUGGAUACGACCGAUGCUACCUCACAGCCGGUAGGAUACAUGGCGCCUACCGCGGGUGCGAGCGAUCGUCCGCCUGUUAUACCCAAGAGUCAGUGGAAUGUAGUCAGACAUCUGGAGAGUUUCGUAGACAGACGAACCCCAGUUUUUGUGGAUGACGCCUUGUUCAUGAAACCAGUGCGAGUGUCGUCCCUCUACAGCUGGCGGCUCAAAAAGAAGCUGAAGGCAUUGGAAAGAUCACACACAGAAAACGCCAUGGGAGAUACCAUACGAUACAUGUAUCAUAAUGGGCUGUGGAGGAAGCCCCAGAAGGAGAUGGAUGUUACUAUACCCAUGGAACAGCCACUCUGGCGACACCUCUUUACCAUCGUCUCAUCCCUACAUAAGCUCAACUUCACCUCUUUCGACAUGAUAAACAAGCUGACAAAGGUCAUGCAAAUGGCGACACCUGUUAACGUCGAGCAAGGCGAUAGGAACAUUGUGGACAACCGGCCGCAGGAACUAUGUGGCGUACUCGUGGCUACACUGAAGGGAUUUGGCUACAUGAUCUCAUCAAUAUCGGGCAUAAUAUCUCGAGAUGCCUCAGGAGAACUAGCAUCACGCCUAUUAAAAACAGUUUGCAACAGCAACAUCAUAAACACUGUCACUACGCUCUCCGAACAGCGUAAUGCGCGAAUACCGCUGGCUGAUUUAACGAGAAUAAUGCGCACUUUCAACGCUCUGGUGUUCGUGAAGUACGGAAGAAUAAGGGUUCACAACAUCGUAGCAAAGUUGGGGAGGUUACGAAAUUCCGACGAUGCUAAGACCACUGGCUCCGUGGAACUAAGUGUAGAAUCUGGCAGUGCCAUAUGUUUCAAUCGACCCAGUUGGGCUGUAAUGGAUACAUAUGAGUCUCUAGUCACCCUUGCCAGAAUUUGCGUGAGCGAACACGGCGGGAGGUUUAGCAACUGUGGCGAUACCGCUAACGAAGGCGCGGACGCACUCAUACGACUUCUGGACGAGGUCACAUACAUCCAGUCGAUGUGGUCAAUGUACAGCAGCGUAAUCCCAGGUGGCGAAACGAUGCGCAAAAUCGCAACGGUUGGGAGCGACUUGGCAGACGCGUUACUGGGCUGCCUAGACAAGGGCGCAACACGAGAUGAUGUAUUGCGAGGAGUAUGUGCCAUACGACGACUCCGGCUAACGAGGGAUUUAUUCGUUGACGGCGAAACCGCUUGUGAAGACGUCGCUUCGAAUGGCGGCGACAGGGAGGACUCAAGCGAUCACCAGAUACGACUGCGAAAGCUUACGGUUGAGCACCGAAUAACCGCCGAUGAAAUAAAUGGCGCGAUGUGCGCUGUUUAUGCGGGCGCUUUCCAUCCGCCAUUGAAGCUGAGGCACGACAAUCACCUCCGGAGCGGCAUGGUGGCGAUCCACACAUACGCCGAUCCGACGACCGCUGCUACAGGCAUUUUGCACAACUACUAUGCCGACCAUUACAAUGCAGUCUAA